AUGUCCGAAGAGACCUUCUUACCUCUCAAUCCUCAAUCAUACCACCGAAACGCAAAAGUGUACGUCCAACUCAUGGAAAAGGCGACUUGUAUGCUUGCGACGUCUCAGGAAACUGACCUAUCCAGCUUCCAUGCACUGAUAGACAACGACGUCUUCACUUGCCUCAAUCAUCGGCCACACAACUUUCCCAUCGUGCCCUCCAGAGAGCAAAGUCUGAAUCCUAGUCCAAACUCAGCCACGCUCCCUGAUUUCUAUACACCACGCUGGGUGAUUUCCUCGAUACCUUUCCUGGGAUUCGCGCCCAGCAGCAACCCAUUCAAAUUCCACUUCUUGAAAUGCCUUGACCAUGGAUUCAGUACCCUACCAAUUGAAAAAGACGGCCUGUCAAAAACUUACGCGCUCAGUUCGUCACUACAAGAAGAUUGGGACUCGUUAGAGAGAAAUAUGCGCGCGUUUCUACGUGCCUCAAUUCCUGACGAUCUUCGCCUUUGGCCACUACCAAACUUUUAUGGGUAUCAUGCACGUUGGAGAACGGAAGCAGAGGCGCGUAGUGCAGGAAUGCGAUCUCGUCAAGCAUUUAUUCCUUUGAUUGCCUGUAUCUCUUUCUUCCUUCAAAUGCUGUAUCAUUUGGAGAAUAAAUGGGUUGAUAUUGUCGCGUUGCACAUUCCACCUAACAAGCCCGAUUCUUUCUUGGGAAAGAGACAGAAGGAGUAUGCGGAACUUCGCCGGGGACCUGUCCCUGCGAAGUGGGAAUGGCAAGAGCUACUUCGUAAAGAAACAUCAAUCAGCUCUGAAUGGCUUGCGUAUUUUCAUCAGAUUAUGGAUAUUCCAAUGGUCGGUGCAUUUGUCGAUGUGCACAAUUCUGGGUGUCUUCCCUGGCUCCCUGUGUUCCUUGACUCCAAUAUGCCUCUGAUGCUAUACUGGGGUCAAAUCCAUGAUUGGUCUGUCCCAAAAUUCUUCAAUUUCGUGAUCCCGUUUCCCAAUCCCAUCACGUUUCCGAUUCCCAAUUCUACCACGGUUGACAUGCUUUCUGCAACAAAGACUUCUUAUCCGCCACCAUUAUCAGAAGACCAUUCCUUCAACAAAACCGAAGUAUCUACUCACAAGCCUAAACUAUGUUAUCCACGUAUCACUGGCAGAAGUCUUCCCCGAAACAACGAGGACCUAUUCACAUUCAUCCAACGCAGAGAAGCCCAUAGACUCAAAGUCAUUGCAUCCGAGGCUGCAUCUGAAUGUCAGUCUCGCUUACAGCGAGAAGAAAAUGCUAGGAGAGAUCGACCUCCAGGUAGAAAAGGUGCUCGUGUCUAUUACUGGGACCUUGUAGAAGGGAUCAGGGUGCGGACAGCUGUAGGAAGGAGCAACUAUGAGGAUAUCUGGGAGAGAUAUGGCCCAAGCCAGCGGCGUUAUGAUUCCGUUGCUGAUGAAUGGGAGAUUUGCACGGACCUGGAUCCUGACGGCGGUUGUGAUUUAGACUCCCUUGAGGAUGACCCCAACGAUGAUUAUUUUAUCUCUAUGUCCUUGCAAUCAAAUGAGGAAGCGGGCCAUGAUGUCGGCCCCGCUUCCUCCUAUGCCUAUAUUGCUCGUCUUCAUCCUAAAAAGGACUCGCCGACGGUACCCAUAUCCUUUUUAGAGGCCAUCGAAGACGUUGCCCACCAUAGAUUCGGGUUUCUCAAACGACCUAUCGAAGACAAUAGAGAAGUCGUGGUUCUACCUAAAGUUUGGAAGAAAGUAUUGGGCCUGCUUGGAUGUGGACGCCCCCCUGUGCCUGAUGGACCGCACAAUCACAAUCACAUCAAGCUACAAAUAAUCAAUCUUGUCAUGCAAUUGUUAAAUGCAGUCGAUCUACGACAUGCACCCCAAGAAUACGAUUUGGCUAUCAGGAAUGGGCUCAUGAGACCUCAGAUCCCAUUUGAGGUUGAUGUCUUAACCUCGUAUCACGGAUACCAUUUCUUGAUACAGGUGCAGGAUGCUACAGACAAUGAGCCAUAUCUAAUUGCAUUACGCAGCGCAGCCACUGUUUUGGAAAUAGCUCGUAGGAAGUGGGGUCCAGGAACGGUGGAUAUUAUCAAAUGCUUAAUUGAAGAGGGCCUUGCUUUCAAUACUCUGAUAGCUAGCAAUCCUCCUCGAAUAUGCAAGGUGAUUCCGCGCCGUCGUCCUGCGGUUUUGGGCUUUCGUCCAGCAGGAUUUCUUCCUGAUCUAAAAGAUUAUCAUGGAUAUGAGGUUAUUCAUAACAAGUUUCUACGUUCCGCCAGGGGUCGUGCGGCAUUGUUAGGUGGAGGCAUAGUUGCUCGAUUAGCUCGCGAAAUUGUCGAUAAAAAUGAUGUCUAUGAUGGACCUACCGUACAUGCUCUGCAAGAGAGAGAACAUGCACUUUGUGUGUGGGAAGUGGGCCGAGGUCGUGCAUUUUGGGAUGACCAAUUAACGAGCGAAGAAACGGACCUCAUAUGUGGUACAUACGAGGUUGCUACAGGCAUUGUCUCGAAGGAAGUUUCAAAGGGCGUACACACUUUCGAACAAGAACGAUCUACUCGCAGUCCAAUAUCUCACGAAAGAAUGCAACUUGCCGAUCUGAUGGGGAGCAAUAAUGAAAUCUAUCUGUACGACUAUGUAUUAUUCUGA